AUGCGCAGUCUCAGCAGCGGAGCCUCAGGGGAGCGAUGGCCGCGGACAGCUCCUUGCUGCUGUCUCUGGUGGAGGAAUAUGUCUCUGGACUCCAGGACAGCAAGGCCAAAGACACCGCGACGGGUGUCAAAGAUGGAGAGUUUACAGUCCUGCAGCUGGUGGAGGCACUGGGACUGAGUUUGACGAGCUCUCAGCCGCACACUCGAGCUAGAGGGGUCCAGCUGCUGUCUGAGGUUUUGCACGAGUGCUAUGAAAACCUUACAGAGAGAGAAGUGGAAGUGCUGAUUGCUUUCUAUGAAAACCGCCUAAAGGACCAUUACGUCAUCACACCGUCCGUCUUACAGGGACUCAGAGCUCUGACAAAAUGUGCGGCGUUGCCUCCUGGCUCAGCUGUGUCCAUGCUGAGGUCUUUGUUCCAGGAUGUUCACGUACAGUCUCUGAUGCUGGCAGAGAGGUCGUGUGUCUACAGCAUGCUCAUCAACCUCAUGGAGACCAGAGAGGCUGAGCUGAAGGGUUUAGGGGCAGACUUUGUGUUUGGCUUUGUUCAGUCGAUGGAUGGUGAGAGGGAUCCUCGCAACCUCCUGCUCGCCUUCCAGAUUGCAAAGAGCAUCAUACAUCGAGGCUAUGAUCUAGGUAAAUUCACAGAGGAGCUGUUCGAAGUGACGUCCUGCUAUUUCCCCAUCGACUUCACCCCCCCUUCUAAUGACCCCCACGGCAUCACCAAGGAGGACCUCAUCGAGGCGCUGCGGGCCGUCCUCUCCGGGACACCAAAGUUUGCAGAGUUUGUGUUGCCUCUCAUCAUCGAGAAGCUGGACUCGGACGUUCAGAGUGCCAAGCUGGACUCGCUGCAGACUCUGACUUCUUGUAUGUCACAAUAUGAACAUAAGGAUUUGGCAGAAUUCCUUGAGGGACUGUGGACGUCACUUCGCAGAGAGGUUUUUCAGACCUCCAGCGAGAGGAUCGAGACUGCAGGCCUCGCCGCUCUCACCGCACUCACUUCCUGUCUCUCUCGCUCAGUCCUCAACUCUGACUCUGAAGACUCUCUCAGCACCUUCCUGGAUCUUGUUCUCACAGAUUGCAAGCAUCAUCUGUGUGAGCCGGACCUGAAGCUGGUGUGGCCCAGCGCCAAGCUGCUGCAGGCCGCAUGCAGUGCGUCCAGCAGGGCGAGCCACAUCAUCACAGCCGCUGUCAUGCCCGCCCUCGUCGAGCAGUACAGCAGCAGAACACAGUGUUCCCAUAGACGGACGUUGCUGGAUGUGGUGCUGCGGUUCAUCCAGUCAGUGACGAGCAGCCAGUCCUCAGAGAACGAAGAGAGCAUGUUUUUAGCCUUUCGUCAGUCUCUGUGUGACAUGGUGUUCUCGGCCUUGUCGGAGACUAACUCCAGUCUGCAGAUCACUGCCACCACCAUGCUCACCUCACUGGCACAGCAAACAGGUCUGCUGCUGGACGCUGAUAUCGAGCUGGCUGUGGAUCACCUGACCAGACUGCUGCUGACCGAGGAGGAUGAGAAAGUCAGUGUUGCUGUGGUCAGUUGUGCCGGAGCCUUGGCAGAGCUACACCCAACAAUCUUUAUCUCUAAAUUCAUCCCAAGACUAAAGAAGGAGAUGUUUUCUGAGCCCAUGGACCAAGACAACAACAGGGAAGCUUCUGAGAAACAUUCCCAUCAUUCAGUGCGUCAGCAGUGUUUAUCUGCCCUGGCUGCGGUGUCCAUCCGACCCAGUGUUGUCCAGGAGAGCACGCCUGUCCUCCUGGAGGUCCUCAGCUCGGCACAUGCAGGUAGCGUCGGUUUCUCAGUUGAGGAGGUGGUGUUGGCGUGCCGCAGCCUCCAGAAGAUAGCGGAGCAGGUUCAGGACACUGAGGAGACGGGGCGAUGCUUCCAUGAACUCAUCAUCCCACGCCUGCUCUCACUGGCGCUCCAAGCGGCACUGCAGGGUGAGGGGUCUUCUGGUCGUCGUAGUCCUCUGGUAGAGGAAGUUGUCCUGUCUGCUGUGGUCUCUGUCAUCAGUACUUCCUGCUCCAGGCUGCAGCCAAAGUUGGCGGAACAGACGGCGGCUAGGGCUGUCUCUCUCUUCUUGGACGAUGAUAUUUCCUUUUUGCCUGACAACUCCUUCCCCUCACACAUCCAGCUGCUCAAGCAGCCGCAGAGGGAGUCCUGGAGCCAGUCACAGAUGGUUUGUCUGCUCAUGGGCUGUGUCUGCUCCUUACCUCGCACUGUGGCGGUGCCUCAGAUAGAGCAGCUGCUGUCUCAGCUGGAGGAGAUGAGCUGCACCUCUACCCACCCUCUCUCAUACACCUCUGCUGCCAAGUGCUUCGCUGGGCUGGUCAACAAGCAAUCGCAGGGUGAUUCUCUCGACAGUUUGAUUCAGAGGACGAUGAAGAGAGUGUGUGGCGAGCUGGACUCGACAUCGUCACCUACCCGCACUCAGGCUUUCACCCUCAUGAUCUGGGUGGCCAAAGGUUUGCUUCUCCGAUACCACCCUCUGUCCACAGCACUGACUGACAAGCUCUUCUCUCUGCUCGACGAUGCCGAUCUGGGGCCGAUGGCGGCAGAAGGCUUCUCGCUGCUGAUGAGCGACUCUGCCGACGUCCUGAACCGCGGCUGCCACGCCGACCUCCGCAUCAUGUACCGCCAGCGCUUCUUCAGUGAGAACUCUGCAAAGUUGGUUCAGGGCUUCAAUGCUGCACCGCAAGAGAAGAAGUCCAACUACCUGAAGGCUCUGUCCAACAUCGUCAACAAACUUCCGAAGCAGGUUCAAAUCACUGAGCUACCAGCGCUCCUGUCCCUGCUGCUAGAGGCCUUGUCAUGUCCCGAUCAGGGCGUCCAGCUGUCCACCCUGUCCUGCCUGGAGCCCGUCCUCAUCGACCCACCGCCGGCUCUCAUCCAGCAGCUGGAGGCUUUGUUCAGCAGGUUGCUGGCCCUCGUCUCCAGUCCUACCAUGAGUGUAAAGAUCACCUCGCUGCGCUGCAUCCAUGCCCUCUCCCGCCUGCCCACACACGAGAUUUUUCCAUUUCGGGCGCGGGUUCUGAAAGCUCUGGCUCGGCCUCUGGACGACAAGAAGAGGAGGGUGAGGAGCGAAGCGGUACUGGCACGGGGGGAGUGGUACCUCGUGGGAAGUCCUGGGGGAAGGUGAUUUUUACAUCUCCACACCCACCCCCGUCUCUCGUUCCUUCCCCAGUCCCGACCUCCUCUCUCUCCAGGACCACAUCCUCUCAAUCCAACCACACAAGAGCUCCUGCUCCUUGGUUUAACUCCACCCACCAUCUUCUCCCCCCUUUUUACUGGCAUACUUUAGUUGCCUGUAUUCUCAUGAACGCACAAGUAAGAGAAUGUGGACUCCCUUAAGUUACAAGAAUGAAAAUUUGAAUACAUUUGAUGCCUUGUGUACGUUGUUGUCAUUCUCUCUACACGACGCAGACAUUGUGUGGAUUUGUGCCAUGACACUUUGAUUGUGUAUAAUUUGAUUUUUUUGUUACUCUCCACAAAGUUUUCUCUUUCACUCAGACCCUCCAAGAAUUCAUUAUACAGUGAUGACAUUUUCAAAUGUUAGGUAUGUUUGCUUGAUAAAUAACCACAUUUUUUUAUCAGAUGAUUUUCUGACUACUUACUAAAUAAUAAAACCUGAAGUGUUUUUUU